AUGGAAGAGAAGAAGAGGAAGUUGAUCAGCCCACAGCGGCGCCUGCAGCGCCUAUUUUUGGAGGAGUUCAAGAAGUCCUUCUUUUCGCCAAACCCUUGGUACGAAUGCCCGGAGGUCUCCUUCACUGGGAAUCCGGGGAAGAUCUACGACUACUGGAUGACCAAUAGGCCCGCGCGAGACAUCGAGCGCAUCUGCGACGGGAAGGAAAGCUGUGGCUGCGCAUGGAAGCAGUUGGAUGGCCGACGUGGCGUCAGCUAUGUGAGCUACAACCAGGAGGGCCAAGUAGUCUUCGUCCGAGAGGUUGGGGAACCUCAGGGGAUGGGCAAGUUCAAGGAGAACACCAUGAAGAGCCUGCAGCCAGUGAUCGGCGUGAUGAACAGCAUCACGAAGAUGCUGAACGUGGCGGACUGGUACUUGGAGGUGGAGGACACCGAAUUUGAGCUCCCGGGUGGGAGCCGCGAAGCCACGAGCGCCUUCGCUGGUGCCAGCGGCGCAGGGUCUGCCUACACCACGGGCAUGCCCAAACGAAAGGCCCACGCCUGCGGCUGA